GAAAUAGGUGGUUGUUUUCUUCUUCUCUCCAGCAGGGACGCGACAUAAAAUGGAGCACAAGCUGAUCCUGGCGGUGUCCGGCUUCCCGAGUCUCUACGACACCAACUCCCCGACCUACCGGGACCUCAACAUGCGGGCCGACUCCUGGCGACACGUCUCGGACAUCGUCGGUGUCCCCGAGGCAGAAUGCCGGAGGAAGUGGAAGACGCUGCGGGACCAGCACCGCAGGGAGAGGCAGCGGGAGAAGGACCGGCGGGAGAGCGGCAUCGGCCUCUUCAACUACCGGCCCUGGAGAUAUUCGGCCAUCUUGUCCUUUCUGAACCCGUUCAUCGACGCCAGAGCCGCGGGCUGCAACGGGUGGGCUCUGGACCCUCAGCCCCCCCAGCUCCACCCCUCUGAGACGGGCUGCAGCACCACCACGGACACCCGGAGCGACGACGAAGACCACUACGGUCUGUUCUACUCAGAAGGACCCGACGUCUCCGUAGUCGACGCCACAACAACCACCACCUCCUCCUCCUCCUCCUCGGAGUUCCUCCACAGGAAGCGUCCGUCUUCUGCCAGCAGAGACGGCGCCAUCGGGUUCAAGGAGGCGAAGAUGGAGUCAACCUCGGGGAUCGCCUGCGUUACGACGACGCCGCACGACAACAUGAGGGAGCUCUUUGAGGUGAUGAUGCAGUCGGUCACGUCUCUCGCCGCCUCCUUGGCCUCUUCCUCGGAUCAGCCUCCUCGUCCCGACCUCCGUCACCUCCCGCCACACCGAGCCCCCCCCGUGCCGCCCUGCACCGCGUCUAGGCUCAACCACUUGAAAACAGAGGAGCAGGAGGCCGUAGCGGCAGAGCUUCUGGACGACCGAACCGACGCCGAGGAGGAGGAGGAGGAGGAGGAGGCGUCCACUAGGCCGACCCGAGCCAGGAGCUGGAGCAGCGACGGCCUGCUGCAGGAGUACGUGAGGAGGAUGGAGGCCAGGGAGGCCCAGAGAGACCGGGACCUGGACCAGAGAGACCAUGUGACCCUGUUCCUCCUGAGCCUGGCUCCGGCCAUGAGGAGACUUCCUGCUGAGAAGCAGUCGUGGGUCAGGACCAAGAUGCAGCAGCUGCUGCACGAGGCCGAGUUCGGCGCUUUGAGUUUUCAGUGAUCCUUACAUGUUUUACAUUUUUAUCAAUACUUGUGAACUAAAAAAUAUAUUCACCUUCGAAGGAGUUUUUCUCCAUUUCUAUGAUAAUCUAACAGGUUUGUGCAGUUUUUUAAAAUAAAAACCCCAUUGUCAGUCA